UGGCCAUGAGGAACGCGGCUGCGUUUAUCUCCUCACUGUGUCUUUAAAAAUAGGCAAUCGAUGUGCGCGCGAAAAGAGCGCUUCCGAGUUGAUGUCAUCAGAGCGCCGGAAGUAGGCCUACCUACUGCCCCGCAUGUGCUGCUCGCGUAGCCCGGCGAGGCACCGAAGCCGCCGGCGCGAUGAUGCGGCUCGGUGUCCUGUCGUUGAGUCGGGCAGCUCCGUCGCGGCUUUUGUCUACGCUGUCAAACCAGACUGGCAUUCUGGGCAACUCCACUGUUUCCACUAAUGUGGUAGAUGCAGCUUUACCAAGAGAGACACAUCCUGAGGUGGUCUGUGGUGACCCGAUCCUACGGAAAUGCAACAUUGCCAUUCCCAAGCACCUCACACCUGUCCAGGCCUGGGUGGAGUCUCUGAAACAUUAUGAUGCCAAGCACAUAGGGCUGACAGACUUGCAUCCUGAUGUGUUUGCAGUAAUGCCACGCAUCGACAUCCUACACACGGUGGUCACCUGGCAGCGGAAUUUCAAGAGAAUUAGCUACGCCAAGACGAAGUCGCGUGCGGAGGUGCGUGGUGGAGGCAGGAAGCCCUGGGCGCAGAAGCACACCGGACGGGCCCGGCAUGGCAGCAUCCGGUCACCGUUGUGGCGUGGUGGUGGUGUGGCCCAUGGCCCCCGUGGCCCCACCAGCUACUACUACAUGCUCCCCAUGAAGGUGCGUGUCCUGGGCCUCAAGGUGGCCCUGACGACCAAACUGGCACAGAAUGAUCUUCAUGUUGUAGACUCUCUAGAGAUGCCAACCUCAGACCCCCAAUAUCUCCUGGAUCUGGCCCACUAUAGGCACUGGGGAGCAUCCGUGUUGAUCGUGGACGUCAAUGAGAUUCCUGAGAACAUCAAGCGUGCAGUGAGUGAUGUGAAGACCAUCGCAGUCCUGCCAGCCAUAGGUCUUAAUGUGUACAGCAUGCUCAAGUAUCAAACCCUUGUGCUCACCCUGGAUACCGUCUCCUUCCUGGAGAAGAAGCUGCUGUGGCAUGACGUGCGAUACAGACCACUGUACCCCUUCCACUUGCCCUACAGUGACUUUCCAUAGCCUUAGUGGCAAAGAUGGGGCACGUUUCCUCUCAUUUUCUGCACCUGAAGAAGCAUCAUGUUUGUUCAGUGUGAAAUUAAAGUUGUCUGUGAGAGUUAUA